UAAUAGAAAACAAUGCAGAAUAUAGUGUAGCAGCUACAGAGAAGGUACAGAGAAAGAUUAACUCGAAUAUGAGCGGUCCAUUCAUAAGGAGCGGUCCAUAUGAGCGAUCCAUACCCGGGUAAACAUAUGGUAAAAUUGUUGCCUAACAAAAUGAAAAUUGAAGAUAACACUUUAAGUUAUGACAAUGCAUGAUAAACCAUUGUUAUUUCAUCAUGUAUUGAUUUUGUUUUUUCUGUUUUAACAGGCAGAUGUCAAUAAUUUAAAGAACUUCCUUUCCACGUUAAGGCUGGCUCACCGAGGUAGUGAAAUAGACACUAUACCAUUGUCCAAUCUAGCUCCAGUUAAGACUGCAGAAGUUGAAAAGCCAAAAGCCAAAAUGGUUAUCACAUCUAGGAAGGAUUAUCCUCUCACCACAAAUUUCCCUUAUUCUCUAGAGUUUCUACAGGUGUCCUACUGCAAACUAGCACGUGUGGAUAUGCGAAUGCUUUGCCUUCGAAAACUGCGGAAGCUGGAUCUUAGCAAUAACCACAUACACAAACUUCCAGCUACCAUUGGGGAUCUUUCUUGUCUGUCUGAGCUUGUUUUGCACAAUAACCACUUGGAAACAUUCAGUAUUGCAUUGUGUAGCUCCACAUUGCAGAAAUCUUUGCAGUUUUUGGAUUUGAGCCACAACAGAUUGCGUGCUUUGCCUAUUCAGUUCUGUCAACUGCGAGAACUUAUUCAUCUAAAACUUGAUGACAACGAGUUACUCCGGCUUCCUUACAGGAUUGGGCAGCUGACUAAACUACGCUUCUUCUCAGCAGCACGUAACAAAUUGCCUUAUCUUCCAUGCAAUUUUCAGAAGUUGUGCCUUGAGAAUGUGGAUCUAUUUGGAAACCUUUUUGAACAACCUAGUCCUUUGGCUCCAAUGAUUCAGCUGCAGAUUCCAAUGACUCUAGUAGAGAUAGCCGCUAGAGCAACAAUAAAUUACAGAAUUGCUUAUGGACCACACAUCCUUCCAGCCCAUUUAUGUCAAGAUCUGGAUUUGACUAAAACCUGCCUUUGCAGAAGACCUUGUUUGAACUCCUUCAUUCAAGUCGUUGUAAAUUUGAACUUGCAUCAAGUGUCCCAUACUGUGGUCCUUGUGGACAACAUGGGUGGCACUGAAGCCCCAAUUCUCUGUUACUUCUGUUCGUUAACCUGCUACUCAGAGUUCCUUGACAGAUAUCACCAACGCAACAGAUGAUCAAUGUAAAAUAUUGUAGCCAACUGGUAGAUUGCAGAAUUUCUACCAGACAUACUAAUUUUGAACAGAGAUGAGCAAAAACUUCAAGAAUCUACACAUCUGUUCAGCGUUGGUGCAUACUCCUAUGGUGAAUGCAAUAGAACAAAAUGUAUAUUUUAGGAACACUACAAACAAUUUGAACUCCAACUCCCACCAGUGACUGGGAUAAUAUUUUUAAUGUUUGUGUAUUAACUCUUGAGUUAAACUAAUGUUCACUAGUUUGGAUAAUAUAUUUUGUAAUUUUGGGAUACUUGCAUUAAGUCUGUUUCGAUAGAAAAUAACUUUAGUACUGUGUGUUUGCAAUACUUUUAAGAAUUACGUUUGUAAACUGUAUUUCUGUAUGGAUUAAGUUAUGCACAACCACAGUUAAUAUAAAGGAACGUAACAGUAUUCAGUGUAUAUAGACCAUUGGCUGUAUUAUUUUCUUACAGCUGUGUUUAAGCUUGAAAUUUGAAGUUGUCUUUUUUAAGUUUGAGAUUAACGUACAAGGAAUUUGUUCCAGUGUACUUAGCAUUUUCAUUUAUAUUUAAUAAAAAUUAAAUUAAUUCAAUGUGUCCACUAGUAUUCUAGCAGACAGACCAAUAUUGAGGCCAAUUAUAAUGUGACAAGUUCUUAGAAAUUUUAGUUCCUUUUGCAGUUUUGCAUUUCAUAUUUGUUUUAUCGUAAAUGAUUUUCUAUAAAGGGAAAAUGUAUUGAAUCAUCCAACUUAGAUCUGUUAAAAGUUUAGUCCUUGAAGUUUGGAGAUCUACUUUCAAGAAUUCAGACUUCUGGUCAGUCUGGUCUGACCAAUACUUGUGAGAAUAAUAAUUUCACAUCAUCACGUGACAUAAUUAGUGGUUCUCUAUAUUUGACAUAUUUCAUCAACUCUGUCAGCACUUCACAAUUCAUAGAUGUGAGCAAGUUACAUGUCUGGAACACAAUCUUUGGUCAGAAAAGCAUUUUUAAUAAAUUACAUCUGCCAUAUAGGA